CAGUCAAAUAUCUGGGUGCAUGGAGAUUCUGUUGCACGUGCUAAUAUUUUGUUGGUUUAUUUAAGCUUCGACAACAUGGGCAAAAAACCGGAGAAAUCGGUUAAGCCGAAAGCUAAGCCCAAAAAGCAGGAGCACCCAACAAUUUCAACCAAAACAUCAAAUGCAGACUCUGAAGCGACCGGCAUUUGGAAAGAUGCCCGUUUUCAGCAUCUGCUGGCCGAUCCGCGCUUUCGCGGCGUUCCCAAGGUGCAGCGCAAAGUUAAGAUCGACAAACGAUUUCAGGGUAUGUUCGAUGAUGAAAAGUUUAAGGUCAAGUACACCGUGGACAAGUACGGCAGGCCAGUGAACAAAACAAACGCCGAAGAUUUGCGAAAAUUCUACGAGCUUGACGACAACGAGAGCUCCGACGAGGAUGUGAAUGAGCAGGCGGAGAACAAGGCGAAAGCAUCCAGUGAGGAUGAGGAGCGUCGCGCCGAAGAGCUGGCAAUCGCACGCGACGAGCUGUCCAACACUGCACCACAGUCAGACAGCGAUGAUAAUGACGCCGAGCUGCCCAAGAAUUUGCGCGAGCGUCUGACGAACCCAAAUAUUGAUUAUGCCCGUGGCGAGGGUCGUCUGAUGACCGACUCCUCGGAUGACGAGAGUAGCGAUGAGGAUGGCGAAGCAGGACCUGAGCUGCAGAUCGAUCAUGUCUGGGGCGAGCUGGAUAUCGAUGCAGAAUGUACAGAGGAGUCCACACGUCGUUUGGCCGUGUGCAACAUGGACUGGGAUCGCAUACGUGCCGAGGACUUGAUGGUGCUGCUCAGUUCAUUUCUGCCGCCAGGCGGCAGUGUUCUAAGUGUUAAGAUCUAUCCCUCCGAAUAUGGCAAGGCGCGCAUGGCCGAGGAGGAUGUGCACGGUCCCACGGAGCUGGUGAACGCCAAAGCCGAGAGUGAUCUGGAUGAUUCGGAUGAGGAGCUGGUGCGCGAACAGGACAGCGAUGCCGAGGAGGGUGACGACUAUCACAUGGAAAAACUGCGCCAAUAUCAGCUAAAUCGCUUGCGAUAUUACUACGCCGUCGUGGAGUGCGACAGCGUCGGCACAGCGGAGAAGGUGUAUCGCGAGUGCGAUGGCAUCGAAUACGAGAGCUCUGCGACACGUGUGGAUCUCCGCUUCAUACCGGACGACACGAGCUUCGAGGAGGACAUGCCCACCGAUGAGAGUUAUGAGCUGCCCGAUGCGAGCAACUAUAAGCCGCGACAGUUCACAACGACGGCGCUGCAGCAGGCGAAAGUGGAUUUAACCUGGGACGAGACGGCGCUGGACAGACGUGAACUUGGAGACAAGCUGUCCAGCGGCAAGGUAGAACAGUUAAAUGAUAAGGAGCUCCGUCAGAUUGUUGCUUACAGCAGUGAGGAGGACGAAGACGAAGAUGAAGUUGAAGCGGAAGUGGACAGGGAGAAGGAGCAGGAUGUGGAACCGAAGCUGAAUAAGCUGCCGGCGGCAGCUUCGAAGCAUCUCAAGCAAAAGGAGCGCAUUGAAAAGUAUAAAAAUCUGCUAGCCGAAAUCAAUGCCCAGGAAAAACAAUCGAAGGAGAAAGAUUACGAAAUGGAAAUGUCCUGGAAUGUUGCUGAAGCCGCCAAACCGAAUGAGGUCAAAGAACCUAUGGGCGGCAGUGGCAGCGGCAGCAAAGCUCAUCUGACACCCUUUGAGCAGGUGCUGCAGAAGCGCAGCGAGAAGAAUAGGCUGCUCAAGGAGCAGCGUCGUCGCAUGAAAUUGGAACGGAUUGGCAUUGAUCCCGAUGAGGCAGCACCCUCUAGCGAUGAGGAUUUCAUACCCGAUGGCAUUGAUAUGAACGAUUCCUACUUUGCCGAUGAGUUCGCCAAUGGCGAUUACGAGCAGCCCAAAAACACUAAGAAGUCCAAGUCGCUGAAGCAAAAGCCCAACAAAUCGACGCCGAAGGAUGAGGAAGCGGAGGCGCAACUGGCGCUGCUGCUGGAUGAUAAUGACGAUGAUGGGCAGCCCAAGCAACACUUCAGUCUGACCAAAAUCCUAAAGGAGGAGCAGACGAGCAGCAGCAAACGCAAGCGACGCAAGCAGCUCAAGAAAUCAAAGAGUGGCGAUGGCAAGCCAGCGCAGGACGAUGAUUUCAAGGUGGAUCUCAAUGAUGAGCGCUUCAAUGCCGUUUACAAGUCCCACGAGUACAACAUUGAUCCCACCAACUCCAAUUACAAGGCCACCAAGGGAAUGCAGCAGAUAAUUGGCGAGAAACUAAAGCGUCGCCACCAGCAACAGUCACAUCCCGAGCAGCGCGCGAAUAACGUCGAACUGGAGCCGGCACAGAAACGGUCCAAGCAGAAGCUAGAGCAGAGCGCGCUGGUAAAGAGUCUGAAGUUGAAGAUUCAACAGCGCAAGGUGUAAUUAAUAUGUGCUUAUAAUAUUUAAAAUAUGUAGAUCUAUCUAGUAAUAAAGCUAACAAUGUUUACAUAGUACUUAUAUAUCCCAACCUUAA